GACACGGCCAGAGCACUGAGAGAUAUCAGGUAUUGAUGUAACUGGAGUGAAUAAGGGAACCUUCUUCCUGAGCACAGACAUUGGAGCCUGUUAUCAGCAUGAACUCAUAUGUGUUAGACAAACACUUGAAUAGUUCAUGUCCAUUCAUCACUACCAGAAGCAUCAGAAUGAUACCACAAACUCCAAAAAUCUUAGACACCAAUGACUAUUCACAAACAUUGGGGAUAUCACAGCAGAUAUUUAAAGAAGAUAGUGAAUUGGCAGGAACUGGGCACCAAUCAUUAUGUACAGAGAGUAAUUUAGUCAUCAAACAAGAGGACAACAUUUAUGCCUUAUCUAGUGAAAUGAUUAUCCCAGAGGAUAAACCACACAUAUUUAAUGAGUACUCAAAACAUUUCAAAGAAGGGAAAAGUCUUAAGUCUAGCAAAAUAAUUCAUACAAAUAAGAAACCAUUCAAAUGUACAGAAUGUGAGAAAAGCUUCACAUGUAAUUUGCAUCUCCUUGAACACCACACAGUUCACACAGUUGUGAAACCUCACACGUGUACAGAAUGUGGGAGAUGUUUCAAAUCUAAAGGGAGCCUUAAGUAUCAUGGAAAGACCCACACAGGGGCAAAACCUUUCACAUGUAAUGAGUGUGGGAAAUGUUUCACAUCCAAGGGAAAUCUCAUAUCUCAUGAAAUGACCCACACAGGGGAGAAACCUUUCACAUGUAAUGAGUGUGGAAAAUGUUUUACAGUAAAGAGUCUUCUGAAAACUCAUGAAAGGAUUCACACAGGGGAGAAACCUUUUAUAUGUACUGAGUGUGGAAAAUGUUUUACACUAAAGACUACUCUGAAAACUCAUGAAAGGAUUCACACAGGAGAAAAGCCUUUCACAUGUACAGAAUGUGGGAGAUGUUUCACAUCUAAAGGAAGCCUUAUGUAUCACGAAAAGACCCACACAGAGGAAAAACCUUUCACAUGUAAUGAGUGUGGGAAAUGUUUCACAUCCAAGGGAAGUCUCAUAUCUCAUGAAAAGACCCACACAGGGGAGAAACCUUUUACAUGUAAUGAGUGUGGGAAAUGUUUCACAUCCAAGGGAAGUCUCAUAUCUCAUGAAAAGACCCACACAGGGGAGAAACCUUUUACAUGUAAUGAGUGUGGGAGAUGUUUUGCAGAAAAGAGAAGUCUGAAAACUCAUGAAAGGAUUCACACGGGGGAAAAACCUUUCACUUGUACUGAGUGUGGAAGAAGUUUUACACAAAUAAAUAAUCUAAAAACUCAUGAAAGGAUUCACCCAGGACAAAAAACUUUCACAUGUGCAGAGUGUGGGAGAUGUUUCACAUCUAAAGGAGCCCUUAUGUAUCACAAAAAGACCCACACAGGGGAGAAACCUUUCACAUGUAAUGAGUGUGGGAGAUGUUUCACAUCCAAGGGAAGUCUCAUAUCUCAUGAAAAGACCCACACAGGGGUGAAACCUUUUACAUGUAAUGAGUGUGGGAGAUGUUUCACAUCCAAGGCAAAUCUAAUAUCUCAUGAAAAGACCCACACAGGGGAGAAACCUUUUACAUGUAAUGAGUGUGAGAGAUGUUUCACAUCUAAAGGAUCCCUUAUGUAUCACAAAAAGACCCACACAGGGGAGAAACCUUUCACAUGUAAUGAGUGUGGGAGACAUUUCACAUUCAAGGUAAAUCUAAUAUCUCAUGAAAAGACCCACACAGGGGAGAAACCUUUUACAUGUAAUGAGUGUGAGAGAUGUUUCACAUCUAAAGGAGCCCUUAUGUAUCACAAAAAGACCCACACAGGGGAGAAACCUUUCACAUGUAAUGAGUGUGGGAGAUGUUUCACAUCCAAGGGAAAUCUCAUAUCUCAUGAAAAGACCCACACAGGGGAGAAACCUUUUACAUGUAAUGAGUGUGGGAAACGUUUUACAGAAAAGAGAAAUCUGAAAACUCAUGAAAGGAUUCACACAGGGGAAAAACCUUUCACUUGUACUGAGUGUGGAAGAAGUUUUACAGAAAUAAGUCAUCUAAAAACUCAUGAAAGGAUUCACACAGGAUAAAAGCUUCCAUUUGUGGAAAAAGGUAUCCCAUGCCAGUCAGGUAUUACAAAACACCAAAUAUUUACUUACAAAAUAAACUUUAUAUGUACAGUGUGGAAAACUUUUAAAAAUUACCAAAAAGAAGACAAACUCUCUAAAUAGAGGAGUCAAAAAAGGAUGUUUUUGUAAACAAUACUUUCUAAAUCCUAGUUAUAAAAUCUCCAUAUUGGAAGUGCUCUCCUACUGUCCUUUGUUACUCUAUAUAUGUGCACCUCAGUUUCUCUCAUAUCAAUGUGAUAGAAUACAAACAACACACAGGAAUAUACAACUCUGUCCUCAUACUGACCAGUUUACACAGCCAUUCACCACCAAAUCACCCCCAGUGUUGUUUAUUAAUAUGCCAGUGUUAUGAGUUGUACUGAUUUACAUUUAGAGAAUAAAGGAGUCUUUAUAUAAUUCUCUAACACUCUAUUCAUAUAAACAAGAACAUCAGUCUCAAAUGAUUGACAUCUGGGAGAUAUAUUUUAUGUGCACAUCAUAUGGAUAAACCUUUUCUUAUAGAAAUAGAUGCUUAGCAUUGUAUAUGUUAUAAACCAGGGGAAUUACUGAGGGUAAACUGAUUUUAUUUAAUGAAAAACAAUGGGCUAGAUUACAAGUGGAGCACUAAUUUAUCACACACCCAAAAACGGGCAAAUUUUCCCAUUUGUGGGUGCGCAAUAAAUAAUCAGCCAUUACAAGAGGCUGGUUACUGCUACCGUGAAAUCAGAUCUCUGGUUAUUGUUAUACAUUUCCACCAAAUGCCCCUAAAUUUAGUUGUUUUUUUUUAAAUUGCACUCAGCAGUUUUUGGGGGUUAAAGUCGGCGACUGUGUGGUGUUAGAAAAAAAAAACGGCACUAAAAAGUGUCUUUACAUUGUGGUCUAUGGGAACUUUGUGUUCCCUGUAAAUAUAAGUAUAUGCUUAUAUACAUAUAUAUUAUUUGUUAUAUGUAUAUAC